AUGGAGUUUCUCUCUCUCUCUCCUUCCAUCCCCCGCUCCCUCUCUCCCUUAACUCUCCCCCUCCUUCCCUCUCCCCUUCCUUCCCUCUCUUCCUUCUUCCCUCUCUCCUUCCUUCCCUCUCUUCCUCCUUCCCUCUCCCCUUUCUUCCCUCUCCCCUUUCUUCCCUCCCCCUUCUUCCCUCUCCCCUUUCUUCCCUCUCCCCUUUCUUCCCUCUACCCGUCCUUCCCCUUCUCCCUCCUCCCUCUCUCCCUCUUUCCCUCACUUUCUCCAUCCCCCUAUUCCCCAUUUCCUCCUUUCCUCCCUCCUUCCCUCUCCCCCACCUUCCCUCUCCUCCUCCUUCCCUAUCCCCCUCCUUCCGUCCCCCCUUCCUUCCUUCUCCCCCUCCUUCCCUCUCUCCCACCUUCCCUCUCCUCCUCUUUCCCUCUCACCCUCCUUCCCUCUCCCCAUCCUUCCCUCUCCCCCUCUAUCCCAUCCCCCUCCAUCCCUCUCAACUUGCUCUUCCUUUUAUCGUACAUUGCAUCCGUUCUUAAUCUUCUCCGCCCGCCUUUAAUCCCCCCCCACUCCUCCCUAUUCCCCUCCAUCCGCCCCUAUCCCCCUGCAUCCGUCUCCAUCCCCCCCCGAUCCGCCACGGCGGGUGAGAGCAGGGAGGGGUUGCAGCAGCUGCAGCAGAGCAUACCGUACGCGGCGGGCAACGAGGAGACCGCCUCCAUGCUUGACAACGUCGUCUCUUACAUCCGCCAGCUGCAGGUGCGCCUCAUACAUCCGCCAGCUGCAGGUGCAUGUGAGGCGGGUGCAUGUGAGGCAGGUGCAUGUGAGGCGGGUGCAUGUGAGGCGGGUGCAUGUGAGGCAGGUGCAUAUGAGGCAGGUGCAUGUGAGGCAGGUGCAUAUGAGGCAGGUGCAUGUGAGGCAGGUGCAUAUGAGGCAGGUGCAUGUGAGGCGGGUGCAUGUGAGGCAGGUGCAUGUGAGGCACCCUCACAUGAGCGUGCGGCUACCACAGCUGACAUGUGCUCGCGAUAA